AUGAUGCUUGAAGAAAUAUCAAAGUUUUCGCAUAUUAUGUAUCAAUUGAACCAGAAAGGGCGGAUUGAUUUGAUUCCAACAUGCCGAGCUCUGGAAGCUGAUAUCGUCUCUCGAUUUGCUUUUGGAACUACAAUCGGGGCUAUUGACUCUCUCCAAAGGUCAAGAGAGUUACUUGAUAUCAUUCAUAACAAUGACAUGAAAUCUUGCACGAUGCCUAUAAGCGUGAACUUCCCAAGAGCGAUGGCUAUAUGGGGCUUUCUGGAGAAACUCUGCUUCCGACUAUUUGGUCGAGAGUCACGCUCAACUUCUGUAACCAAACAGUUUGACCAGUGGACAGAUGAACAUUCCAGAAGGACCGAAAAUGGAAAAAAGGUAGAAACAUCAUUUAUAAACACAAUGAUCAGAGGGCAAAUGCCAUUCCAAGCGGCUGUUUCCGAGGCAAAGGAAAUGCUGGGGCCGGGCACAGACACGACCUCUGCUACAUUAGCCCAUAUCCUUUGGGCAUUAUCGCUAAACCAGACCUUUCAAGAAGAACUGGCCUCCGAUCUUGCAACUGCAGAAUGGCCAACUGAUAUGGCACAACUCGAGGCCAUACCGAGAUUGGUGGCUUGUGUCAAGGAAGGUAUCAGAUGGACAGGCGCCGCUGCAGCUAUGUUGCCUAGGGUUGUGCCUCGUGAAGGAACGAGGCUAGCAGGGAAGUUUCUUCCAGGAGGGACUAUUGUUUCGAGCUCUCCUAUCUGGUACCUUCGAGACGAGAUCGCCUUUCUGGACCCAAUGUCCUACCGUCCCAGUCGAUGGCUCACCGACAAGACAGACCCAUUGAAUUCUCUGCGAGAUGAUUACUAUAUCCCCUUCUCCAAGGGGCCGUCGACAUGCAUCGGAAUACACUUUUCCUACCUAGAGCUAUAUUUAUCCGUCAGUCAGGUUUUAAAAAAUUAUUGUCUGAAACCAGGAGAAUACUCAUUUAUAAGCGCCGAUACUGAAGCUACACUUCCACCACGCCUGGAAUGGGUGGCUGCGGUGCCCACCACCACGCUUGGGAUUAACUUGCAAAGGAGAUACAGUUAG